UCCCUUUGAUAUACAGGUUACUUUCAUUAAUACAGUGAUAAAUUGUAUGAUCAGGUCCUGGUAUUAAAGUAUACAAUAUGCUGUUUAAGGGAUUAUUGAUCAAAAUAAUCUAGAGUUGUAUGAAAUAAUGGAAGCACAUACCAGUUCGGUGCCCUUUUGUUUUGCUUGAAGCAGUGAAAUAUUUGUAAUGUCAGGCUGCCUUCUUGUUUACAACAAUAAGACAUUACGGCUGAACAUCAAACAAUCUGAUACACUUUAGUUUCUUUUGUUGGUAACGUGUACUACUAGAUGUCUUGUGCAUGGAGUUUUUGUAAUUUCUGUGCCUGGGAGAAUAAUUGUAAUCAUGCAAAACCACAACCUUAAACAAAAGAACAUGUGAAUAGUUUAGGAUGUAUACAACACACUAAAGACUAUGUUUAUGUAACUAGUUGAGGAUAUAAACCUUUAAAUUUUUUGUACCUGGAUGAUGUUGAUUAAUAGCAAUGAUUGAUCUCGCCUGCUGUUGUUUGGUGGCCUGGUGGGGGUGAAUGGCUCAACAGGAGGACAAAGGCACAAGCCUCAUCUCCUUGUAGCGGUGGUGGAUUGUGAAAGUAGAUAGAGAAGAGGUAACUUCUUUAGUUCCUUUAUUCCUGAAUGCCACCUCUCUUAAUGUAAAGGUGGCCAGAUGUAACAAACUCCUAGAAGCCAAACCUUAAUCAUAAUGUAUUUAUCACCUACCUUAACGGAAAAAGCUAACGGUUAGCACAUAUGUAAACGACUUCCGUGCUGGACUUUUUGUUGCCCCUUGUGUAGGCGUGUCCGCACAUAACAGAUGCCUAAGUUCAUCCGACAGGAGGACUCUUGUGAGACUUGAUCAUGCAUGUUUUUGUGUAAUAAUAUAACCAAAAUAAGGUACAAUUGCAAGAAAUUGUAAAACACAUUUUUGUAAGCACUGGACGGUUGUCUUUUUUCUUUCUAGAAAUUAUGAGUAGCUGUGUUGCCUUCAGUAACACUGUCACGGCUCUGAGUUUAAUUUCUUGUUCUUGUGCAUCCUCAUUACAUAUUUAUUUAUCUAUUUUCUGGGUCUCUGUUUUGAUGGAAAAAUGUACAUAUAAUAUUGUAUUUAACUGACCUCUUAUGGCUGUCAAUAAAACUGUAAUAUCCAUGUCCUUACUCUCCUCAUGGUUCUGACCUGGAUGUGGUUCCAAAAGUUGAUAAUACAUUGAAGGUUCUAGGAUCUGAACUUAUGUAUUCAUUUGAGCAGAAUCCUAACUUUGAUGCUAAAGGGUUAUUCUUGGACAAUGCACAUUUCCCAGAUAGUGUAUAUUUAAUCUGAACUCUGAGGUGCUUCUGAGUUCUGGCUGGAUCAUUUCAUUACGCAAUUCAGUCAUAUCAGACUGGGCAUAGCGUGGGAUGAUCAUAAUUUGCUGAACUUGUAAAGCAUUUUUUGCCUGACACCUUUGUAGUUUGUACCAUGCAUUCUAUGGCCGAUGAUGAAUUGAAUAUUUGAAUGCCACUGGUGGCUUGGAGCUGGGGACCAAAGAAAAGAUUGCACAAUUUCUUAAGGUGAACUUUACAUUGACCACAGGAAGAAAGACCACCAUUUUGGUGUGCGCGUGCAUCUUGUUUAGACAUCUUCUAUUGACUAUUGGCCUCGCUAUCAUUUGAUUAUACGUUAUUAAACCAUGAAAUAUCUGUCAUGAGAUUUAGCUUUCUGAUCACCUAUCGUUGGACUGGGACUUUGAGCCACCGUUAGCAGUACUAAAUUCAGAGCUGUACGGGGCGUCCCGGAGCCCGAGAAAGGCUUCAACUUUCUGUGUGAUGAACUCUUUGCUUGUGGUUUGGUGCACUGAAAAGAUUGUGGGGGAAGGGCAUGGGAGCAAAGAGUUUAUAAAUCAGAUGGGGUAAGUAUUCAAGUGUUUUACUGUCAUGAGAUCUCACUGCUAUGAUUGUUGAUCUGAAUUUUUAUUCUAGGUUAAUUUGUGGUUGGUAUAUAUGCUUUGUGAAGUAGCAUGCACUCAGUUGCGGUAGGUGUGACUGCUUUACAAAGCAAUUGUGUAUUAUGUACUUCCGUAGGCGCUAGAUCAUUCUGUAUGGAUGUUUUGUUGUUUCUCUACUGUACAUUCUAUGUUUGUCAAAUGAAUAUGUGAUGCUUGGUGUACAAAAGAUAGUUUCAUCAGCAGGCCGCUUUUUGGAGAAGUGUUCUUUGUUCCAGUGCUAAACCUGAACCAUUUGGAUCUGUACUAUGUCACUCUUCACUUCUAUUAUCUCGUGUAAAAGACAAAUACAAUUCUUGUGCAUGUCUUUACUUGACAUAAAACAAAAUACGUUCCUGAUGUGUUUUUGUUUAUCCAUCAUAUGUUGAUCUUGAAACAAAGGAAGAUGAUUGCAGCAAGGCAGAAUCUCUAUUUGCUACCUCUUCACUUGGAUUACCCUUGGGAACAAGAGUAAUACGAUAGAAGUUGCACGGUGCUGCGCAAGUGCCAACAAGCCUCUACAACUACAGGUUUCCAGACGGUGAGAAUCAGAUUCCAAUUUGGUGACGAUACACCUCUAACUCUGGCAAGCAUGAUGCCCCUGCUGCAUGCAGUCCUUCGCUUUGACUGUAUUAUUCGGCGUCCAGCCCCCUACCAGCUUCCCCUCUCCACUAUUGCUUGAUAACAAUUCUUGCAGCAGGAGCAGGUGGCAGCAAUGGCACCGGAUUCUGAAAGGCCUUAAGGUGAAGGACACUGAUGGACUGAUUGUUACAUGGACACUUGGAAAGGUCCCCUUAGCUUUGCCUGUGCCGUCAUCUACCAACAGUAUGGCAAUGUGCAUCACAAUACUAAAACAUGUAGUGCUUGUUGGGAAACACAUAGUGUGAUUCUUAAGCCAUGGUGGAUGGAUAAUCCUGUGGUGGCGAGUCUUCUACACCAAGGGAGGUACUUCUAAGCUUGCUGCUAUAUUUACACUGGGUGUAAAAUAUAAUUAAAAAAACGGUGAGAGGCUGGUGGAGAACUGGAGACAACAGUGGGGGUCUCCAGCCAUUCAUUGUUUUCAGUCGUAGCCACAUGUCUGCAUGCCACUACAUGGUGACAUUAUUCACUCUAGCAAAGGUGCUGGUGAGGAAUAGCAGAACAUCUGAUCGAAAGAGGAGGAACAGGGAGAGCAGCAGUUCUAACCUCCGUGCUGGUAAUAAGAAAUCUUCCUGUAUUGUUGGUACUUUAUAUAUAUUGUGCCAUUCUCUUUGCAAAUAGUUUUGCAUUUAGGACUAGUACUUCACUUAAUAAUAUAUUAUUAGUCUUUGGAAGUACUGCAGUAUGAUGUCUUCUUUGAAGAUGGCAGAUUGCUUUUAUCUCUUCAUGAGCAUUCUGUUUUUUUGAACAGUAUAUAGGCAUUUCUCCCCCUCUCUUUUGGAGGAAUUAUGGGCAAGAGAUCUGUUAACUCAUUAAGUAACAUUGGACUUCUUCCGGAUGAUUUCUUCUCUUCAUUCGUGUGUUUUGACUCUUCAUCAAGAAUUCUGCUCAAUCUUUGCUUAAGAAAAGGGUUAGGUCCCAGCAUUUGUUGAACUAUUCAUCUUGGUCGAACUUAGCUUCUAAAUCACCUGGUGAUUCUUACAUCAUCAUGCUAUGGAACAUGAUGUGAACUAGUGACAAUGAUGCACCGAUAAUCUGUCUAAUCCAUCAUUUAUUGUUCUGGCAUGGAAUUUUGAUGGCUGGAGGGUCAGUACGCACUGCUGAGUUUUGAGGAAUCUACCUUGGCCACAAGAAUACAACCAGCUAACUUUUUGGCUUUUCUCGAUCAUAUACCCUAAUCUGCUUCCGCGGUUCCCCUUGUGAUUUGAAGGUCACACUUUCUUAGCUGUUGCCCUCUUGUUCUGUGGAUCUGAUUCUAUGGCUUCUGAAUUCUCACAUUUCCAUCGAGUGUGCUGGGGCGUGAGCCAGUCGGCAACUAGCUAACUUGUGCAUUCUACCUAUCAAAAUGAAAAAUUGGACUAUUAACCGAUGUCCGGCAUUAGUUACUAUAGGAACUUUAAUUUGCAUUCAGCAUCUGUGCUGUUAUGUCGAGUUGUGGAGUUCAUUUCAUCUUUUUACGCUAAAACUGGCCCAUGCUUAGAAGUAAAUCCUUUGAAGAGUUCUUUAUAUUCUUCUGAUGAAAGUUGCUUACUUUCUCAAACUGUAGGCUCAUAUAGUUGGGUUGGUAAGAAAAUCUGGAGGACAGAACUUUAAUAGUGGCGUGUUCAGAGGGUUUAAGCUUAGAUGGGCCCUGUUCAUUGCUUAAUAAUUAACCUUAUUCUGGGCUGGCCCAUACAGACACUGUAUGACAGUAGUAUCUGAUCCUUGGGUUGGUCACUAGGUCUUCAGUUUGCAGCACCAACUGUAAUCGAUCUUCUUCAGAGUCCUCUUUAUUCUGAUCUCUCGAUGUGAUCCAGCUGGUGCGUGGUUGUCAGUAGUACUGGUACCAGCAAUUCUAUUCCAGAACUUGGUUUCCACUUUUGCCCUUGCGUUUGUCUAUUGCAUCAGGCUUACCUAGCCUUUUCACUUUGGACAAUCUUUAUGUAAGGCUGCAAGGGUUAGUUGUUCCUUGUUGAGCCCUGCAAGGAAUUGACUGUGUCGAGCUCCCGAUCUACUCCACCCUUUAAGUAAAGCUCCUUCAGUUGGCAAACUUGGCAAGUUAGAAGGUUAUCAGGCAUUCCCAAAAAUGAUUGCAACAUCACACUGAGUUCAAGUAUCAAACACAGAUGUAUUCCCCUCCCUGCACCGAUCCUGAAAGCAAGGACAACCAGUGCUUCGCAAUCGGAACUAACCUGCUUGCUUCACUAAACCACGCCAUGGAUUUUGAUGAGCCUAUCGUCUUUCCAAUGAACAAUGUAGGCGUGCAAGAGGGGAUUCAGCUUUACAAUUCUGCUGGGGAUACUCAGCUAAGCAGAAAUAUGAACACAGGCAAAUGUUUAAAGGGUGGUAAAAGGAAGGGUUCUGGAGAGGACAGUUCAUCACUACAUUCUAUAGAUGAAACCGGUGCAUUGUUGCAGCGAGAAGUCAGCAUGGAGUGUCCUGAUGAGAAGCCAGGUGAUGCUGGUACUAACAGAGAGGACUACGUGCAUGUCCGGGCAAAGCGCGGCCAAGCCACCAAUAGCCACAGCCUUGCAGAAAGAUUUCGAAGGGAAAAGAUAAAUGAAAGGAUGAAGCUUCUUCAAGACCUCGUCCCAGGUUGUAACAAGAUUACAGGCAAGGCCAUGAUGCUUGAUGAGAUCAUAAACUAUGUACAAUCUCUGCAGCGGCAGGUUGAGUUCCUUUCAAUGAAGCUCUCAGCUAUCAGUCCUGAGCUGAACCGUGAUCUCGAUCUGCGAGAUAUCCUUUGCACACAAGAUGCUCAUGCGGCAUUUCCGGGAUACAGUCCACAAAUUAGCAGCCUGCAUCUUAACCUGUUCAGGGCAUCUCAACAAGGUUUCUCGCAUCCACAACCAUACGGAAUGACCCCAAAUCCAUCAAAUGUUCAUGUGGCAAGACCGGUUCCGCAGUUACUUCAGCUACCUGCAUUUCCACAGAGAGGAGUCGUCUGGGACGAGGAACAUCGCACCAUCGCUCCGGAUGCUUUCACUUCAGACAUUCAAUGAAAGCGGAGUAACAAUCCUGCGGCUUGAUGGUGAGGACCUCCACAUGAUCACAUCUGAAAGCCUUGACAAUGACAAGCAAGUCCGUUGGUCCGCUAUUGGGAAGCUUUUGCAAGUUGCAAUGGUGGCACGGCAUGGGAUGAGCUAAUUAACUUUGGCCUUUAAUGAUGAACACCCAUCAUGUACAGUUGACUGAUCAAGGGGUUGAAAAGUUUGUGAUCUGGUCAAAAAAAUAAUGUGCUAUGUUGGCCUGGAGCCCUGGAAUUUGUGACAUAGCUGGAUUAGUGGUUUGGCGACUGGUUUCACCUAGUUAUUUGCUUGUAAUAGCAGGUAAAUAAUCUUAUAACAUUUAACUGCAUGUAUCACAAAAUACAAAAUUGCGGAGGUGGAGUAUGAUAAAACUACUCUAUCCGUCCUCAAAAGAAUGCAAUUCUGCUCUCGAUUC